AUCAGAUUCCAUUACGACAGCUCAACCUGCCCAUGCUCCAAAUGUUUCGGUUGGAGUGUUACACAUCCACGUUGAGGAAUAGUCUACAGUGAAAAUAAGUUAAGCAGCGAUGGAUUCGGUGGAUGAGGAUGUAUCUGCUCGGGAUUUGUUGCGGAGGGUCCUGCAUACGGAGUUACCCAGAUCUCCGGUUACCAGAAGUACGACCCAUGUACGCCGUAGUGCGAGGUUAAAUCGCACUCCUGGACUGGAGAGCCCUGCAGUCGCCCUGCGCCACAGACUCAAGCGGAAACUUCACGAGAGCACCCAGUCACCUCUGCCUCCACCUAAACGACAGAGGUCAACAGGAGGGAAGACGAAUCCUCCGGCUGUAGCCACGCCCCCUCUGUAUGACGAUGACGUCACAACCCGUGGCCUGCUUAGGGGAAUCAUUCAGAUGGACACUGAGGCGUCUUUGCUGAUGUCGGGUCAGCCUGCGGUGCAGGACGCAGAUCCAUAUCCAGACUCCAGUGUUUCCAGCGCUGGAGAGAAAACUGAAGGUCUGUCUGGAGCUGAGCUGUCUGAUCUGACCCUACACACCGAGCCUCUGACACAUGUUGUGAGGGGGCUAAGUCGCAGGAAAACGCAACGUGCCUUUAGCGUGUCUGCGUUUGAGAGACAGCUGGACGAGCUGCCAGACAAAUCCGUUGAGGAGGGUUCUGUCCCUCAGGAGAAACAGGAUGUGUCUCAGGAUUUGGAUUUCUCUGCUGGGUCUAAAAGUGGCCUGAACCUGACUUUAAAAAGCCCGUUUGUGGAAAAGCGCACUGAGAGGGCGGGGCUCAAGCGGAAGGUGACCAGUCGGAGGCUGUGUUCUGUGGAUGUGUUAGAUGAGGCAGUUCAGAAAUGCCUGGAGCAGGCCCCUCUCCCAGAUUACGCUGAGGUUCAGGAUGGAAAAACUCUAGAAGAUUCUUCAUGGCAGAAGUUCACGCUUGGCCUAAGUGACGUCACAGAACUUUACGUACAACCUGCGGCGUCAACUGUUCUGCAGAAAAAAGACGACACCGUCGUACCAGAUGCUGAGAUGGAGAGGGAUGCUGAGAACGAGGAAGAGAGUGCUCUGGAGACAGUAGAAGAGGAAAACCAAGAAAACAAACAGAAUUAUGUCGACGAAAUUCAAGAUGUUCUUGAUUCUGAAUCCGUAAUCCAAGAAAACAAAGACUGUGACGUGGAAUUGGUAUCACAGGAAGAGAUGGUUCCUUCAUCCCAAGAAGCAGAACACAGUGUGUCUUUGAGUCCUGAAGAUGACAUCAUGCUUGCUCCGACGCAGGCCAUGACCGAGUCUGCUCCUGAACCUCAGGAUGUAGAGGAACACGAUCUAGAGACUGAGGAGGACAUUGAGGAAGAGAAUGGUCGAGGGGAUUCAGAUACGUCACAGGAUUUGGAGAGGAUAACACGCAGAGCUCACCGCUCAGAGGGUGGACGUGCUUUCCUAACAGUUCCACCAGGCCAGAGAGUCACAAAGAGUUUGGGGGCUGGAUUGAACCCCAGAGAGAAAGAUCUUCUGGAGCUUGGUAACAGGAGCAGAGAGGAUGUUCCUGAUGAAGAGGUGGAACCACAGGGCAGCCUUCUGUCCCCUCCGCUGUACCCCGCAGCAGGGGUCACCACUGAGCAAAGCCCACAGCAACGUGAGGCUAGUCUGGAUGGUGAGGAUUUGCCGGUCGUUGAAGGGACAGAAUUUACCACAUCCGAGCAAAGAUCACAUGAGACUAGUCUGUCUGGAAAAGCGUUGCCGGAUACUGAAGAAGAUGAUCCCCAAGAGGUGGAAAACCAAUCAGAGGAUGAGAACAUGAUAGAUUCUGAGCCAGCCAAUCAGAGCCCUGAACCGCAUUCACCUGCUCAGGAGGAGGAGGAGGAGGAGGAGGAGGAGGAGGAGGAAGAAGAAGAAGAAGAAGAAGAGGAGGAGGAGGAGGAGGAGGAAGAUGAUGAUGAUGACGAUGCUCAUAGUGAAGAACUGUCCAUGAAAACUCCUGCUUUUGUGAAACAGAAGAAAAUGAUCGCAAGUGCUAGUGCUCAGGCCACACCCACAGUCCUUAAAGAACUGAAUUCUGGUCCCGCUCCUCAGGUUGUCAAACGACGCCCCAGACAGAAGCGUGAAACGGGUUCUGAUGUUCUGCCCAAGAGUUACGUCAUGAGCGUCUUUAAACAUUUUGCCAAAAUGAAGGUGGCCAGUGACGUCUACCCGGUCAUCAAUGAAAUUCUGAAGAAAUACUUUAAACGGCUAGCAGAAGAUCUGGAGGUUUAUGCUACUCACGCCAAACGUAAAACUAUUGAGAUUGAAGAUUUUGAGCUGCUCAUGAGAAGGCAGCGCUUUGUCACCGACAGCAUGCCUGUCAAUAUACUGAUAGAGAAAUAUCUUCCACUGGAGUAUCGCAAACUUCUCAUUCCGGUGGCAACCAGCGGAAACAAAGUCGUCCCGAAUCGAAGGAGGUGAAAAUGUAACGUCGCCCCAAGAAUUAAAGACGAUGCAGCUUGCCUAUACGCAUGUGGUCAUGUAAAUGUAUUCUUGCUUUGUUUCAAAUGCAAUGUCCUUGUGUUCUAGAAAAGGAUGCAUUGUGUAAUAUAUUGCUUUAAAAAAUAAAUUCUUUGUUCUUUGUCUUUUUUUUG